GACAUCUCCCGGUAUAGAAUUGGCCUCAUGGCUGGCCUGGCUGGUUCCGGUCAGAGUGAAGCCGUUCUCAAAGCCCACUGGCAGAGGGAGAUGUCCCGACUGUUUCCGCUGGGGCUCCGGCCCGGGGAGCAGGAACGGCUCGAUUUCAACGCGGUCGAAAGCGUCUGUCGGAGUUUACAUAUCAAUUGUUCCAAGAACAUGCUCCGUGCGCAAUUUUCCAAGGCCGAUCUAGGCAGCAAGGGCAAACUCAACUUUGCGGAGUUUGUUGAUUUUGUCGCUCGCCUGAAGGAGCGGAAAGACGUGAAAGAGAUCCUGAAGGCCAGUGCCGCCGAACCCAAGACGGGCCUCACCCUCGACGAAUUUCUGAAUUUUCUGCGCGACGUGCAGAAGGAGGACGUCGUCAGUGAUCGAAGUUAUUGGGCCUCCGUGUUCGACCGGUUCGUUCGGAAGUCCAAGUCCCGUGGGCAGCUUGCCCCGGAACCCGGAGCCGGCGAGAACGUCUCGCGCAUGGGUCUCGAGGCACUCACCUCAUUUCUGACCUCGUCCUGGAACGGAGUCUACGCUUCUCGCGCUCCCCAGUCGCGGUUCGAUCGACCCUUGAACGAGUAUUUCAUUUCUAGUUCCCACAACACGUACCUCUUGGGACGCCAGGUGGCCGGUGCCUCCAGUACCGAGGCGUACAUCAGCGCCCUGUCCCAAGGAUGUCGUUGCGUCGAAAUUGACUGCUGGGAUGGUGCGGACGGCCGACCAAUCGUCUCCCAUGGCCGGACCAUGACAACCAGCGUUUUGUUUGCCGACUGCAUCACCGUCAUCAACCGUUACGCCUUCAUCACAACCGACUUCCCCCUGAUUCUCUCCCUGGAGGUGCACUGCAAUCCUGAGCAGCAGCUGGCGAUGGUGAAAAUCAUGAAAGACGCGUUCAAGGACCAAUUAAUUCUAGAGCCGCUGCUGACUAACGCUUUCGUUCUUCCGUCUCCCGAAGAGCUGAAGGGCCGCAUCCUGGUCAAAGUGAAGACCUGCGACGAGAUGCAGCAUGAGUCGGCAUCGAAUCCAGGUACUGCCGCGCACGGUCGCAAGCGCAGCGCCAGUUCCCCGUUCCUGCGCCCAUCGAUGAUGGAAAGCGCGACUGUCGCCGGUCUCCCGUCUCUAUCCAGCCCCCCGACGCUCGGUUUCGAUAACGUGAGCUCUUUCCUCACGCAGGACCGGCGGUCGGUAACCACGGCGAGUAUGAGUAGUGCCACCGAAGACAGCGACGGAGCGCUGGUAUCCGCCAAGAAGGAGCGGCGCAAACGGCAGAAGAGCAAGAUCACCAAGCCGCUGUCGGAUCUGGGCGUCUACACCCGAGGAUACAAGUGGCACAGCUUCGCGUCCGCCGAGUCUCAGCGGUAUAAUCAUGUGUACUCUUUCGCGGAGCGGUCGUUCGAGGGAAUCUGUCGAGACGCCGAGAACAAGUUCCAGCUGGAGAAGCACAAUCGGAAAUUCCUCACGCGCGUAUAUCCUUCUGGCUUCCGCCUGCGUUCGUCUAACUUCGAUCCUCUCAAAUUCUGGCGCCGUGGCGUCCAGAUGGCGGCACUGAACUGGCAAACAUACGACGUCGGCAUGCAGUUGAACCAGGCCAUGUUCGCUGCCGGCAGCGAUCGCACGGGCUACGUGCUCAAGCCCGAGUCUCUUCGCUCUCCCACUUCGGUUGAUGAGCACAAGAGGAAGAUCACGGAACGGAAGCUUGUUCGAUUCUCAGUCGACGUGGUUUCCGCGCAGCAGCUGCCGCGCCCUCGUAGCAUCGGCCUGGACGACAGCAUCAAUCCAUAUGUGGAGAUUGAGAUGUUCAGCGCUGAUGACCGCGGUCAAAGCUUCGUGUUCGGCGAGGGCGGCAUGGACGCAUCCGCGCGCAACGGCAUGUCCGGUAUUGGUUUCCCGCAUCGCCGCCGCACCAAGAUUGAGCAGAGUAACGGGUACAGCCCGAUCUUCAAUGAUCGCUUCAAGUUGUCCCUGGAGACCAAAUAUCCCGAUCUAGUUUUCGUGCGGUGGACGGUCUGGAGUUCGCUGGACGGACGCAGCACCGGGAAUAACAGCAGCGUUCAGCUGGCCACGUUUACCGCAAAGCUGAGCAGCCUGUCCCAAGGCUACCGGUAUUUGCCUUUGUUCGACGCCGGUGGUGACCAGUACCUCUUUUCCACGCUUUUCUGCAAAAUCACCAAAGAGACCCCUAUCUCCGUGCAUCGACUUGACGCAGAGGAACUUCGGGCUGAGCGCAUGGGCAUUCUCCGAACGAUCGGCCAGACCGUCUUCAAGCGCACCUCUUCGACAGAGAGAGAGAAGGAAAGCAGCGAGACGCCUCCAAGCCCCGAGGAGAACACGUCUCCGGCUCUGACGCCCACCGUUUCCACCACAUCGACUGCGUCGUUGCCGCCUUAACAUCCGUCUACAUCAUUCGCUUCUACCAUUUCCUUCUUCUUUUAUCAAUUUAUUCUUUUUUUUUUCUGGCCCCCGCAUCGUUCGAUUGAUUUUUACUACAUCAAGAUUAUAAAGGGAAGCAGGAGUUCCGCCAGCUUGUGUCGCAUCUAUUUCAGCCAACUGUUGUCUUUUUCGUUUUUAUCUGUUGUUUGUUGAACGUUGUUGAGCAAUGAGAGGACUCCAUCUCAUCUUGCAGAUUUGUCGCAAUGGAUAAGUGGCCUCCCUCCCAGCCCCCCCUUGCUGUUGCUAUAUUUUAUCAUAUCUUUUGUGUUUAAUUCUUGUCACUGGAUGAUCACUUGUUCAUAUUUGGCGAUACCCUCUAUCUGUUCUUUCUUCGUUGCCUCAUUUUUAUCGAGAGUCUGGUUUCUCUUUUUAUUAUUCUUUUUCUCUAUUUGCUAGCAUUGUGGUAUGGGUUGGUUGGUCUUAGGGCAAGGGUUACUCACCGGCGGCAUUUCACCAUACAUUCUGAGCAUCAUCAUCAUCAUCAUCAUCGGACACGGAUAGUCGCAUUCGGGG